AUGACUGUUGCCUCCUUAGCAGCAUGGCAGCGGGACAUAAAUGACGACAACGAGACAAGCGGCAAGCAUGGCGCAUUUUCGUUGGCCGUCGGUUCAAAAGCGGCCACUGCCGUCCAGUUUGAUGACAGGUUUCCUCACAUUGGUACAACAACCACGAAACGGAGGAAAAAGAGACGCCACCGGACCAUCUUUUCGCAGUUCCAAAUCGAAGAACUGGAGAAAUGCUUUCAAGAAGCACACUAUCCCGACGUGUACGUCCGCGAAAUGCUAGCAAUGAAGACCGAACUGACCGAAGAUCGCAUUCAGGUGUGGUUCCAAAACCGAAGGGCCAAAUGGAGAAAGACAGAGAAAUGUUGGGGCAAGUGCACAAUAAUGGCUGAAUACGGUCUAUACGGUGCAAUGGUCCGGCAUUCUCUGCCCCUACCGGAAACUGUGCUGCGUUCGGCGAACAGUGAGAAUCCGGAGGAGUCGUGUGCCCCAUGGCUGCUUGGCAUCGAGUUACGCAACAAGCGGUCGUCGACGACCGACAACGAAUCCUCACAGCAGUCAGUGCACCACCAACACGUGGAAGUGACCAAAAGUCACGAAACAGCUGUCGACUCCGUCAUGACUGCGACACCCAUUAAUCACCCGGUAGCGCUCGCUCAAACCCAACCUUACCGCAUUAGCAGUGAAGCAGGCUUGGGGGAAAAAGUUGCUCUCCGUACCCCGUGUUAA